AUGUAUCAUGGAGGAACGGUAUCUGAUGACGACGAGGAUCAUUCAUCAGAAGCAACCAUGAACUUCAAUGCAAAAAUGACAGCUAAAUUUCGGAAAGCAUUCCCGUUAAGAAGUGAAUCCAAUCUUCGUAGACCAACACCUAUUGCCACGCCCUCCCUUGCUCAAAUAUCUAAACGUCUAAAUUUUGAUGAUAGCUUCAAUACGAGUACAGUAAACAAUACCAACGCUAAACUGUCGGAGCUGAGAGAGCAAGUUGUUUCACUAAAAAGACAGCUGAGUAAUGCUGAAAACAGUAUAGAGCGUCUGAAGGCAUCCGAGAAGAGUGCGAAGGAUCACGCUAAUCAGCUGCAAUCGGAGAUAUCAAGUUUGAGGAAAGAACUGAUCAAACAAAGUCACAGUAUGGAUAUUGAGAAUGCUAAAAACGAACUUAACAAUGUUUUGCAUUCUCGAGAUGAAUGGCGUGAAGCAAGCACACGAUUUCAUCGUUAUUUCCAAUGUGCAAAAGCAAGACUGAUGACUGCAGAAAAGGAGCUUCGUCGUCGAGGAUUGCUGAAUGAGAACAUGAAAGUGGCGUUAACGCAUGCUUGGACAGCGACAGAAUGCAACACUCAGAAUAUCCAAGAAAAUCUUUGCGACCUUCUGAGAAAUGCUUCCACUACUUUAGAAGAGCUGGACAGAUCUGCAGAAGAACAAGAAGAAGUGGAAAAAUACAUGCGGAGCCUGACUAAGAAGAACAUAUCAGACGAUGAUGGAAAUGACGAUUCAGACUCAAAUGACACAGCAAUGAUCUUUGAAGAGCCGGAAGAAGCCGUAAUUCGUGACUCCAUUUCCCCUAUUGUUCCUGCCUCACUUGAAGCUGAGCAGUCUACUAUAAGCGAAUCGAUUCUGAACAGCACAUUCGCCAACACUUCAAUCGACUACGAAAAGGAUGAGCGAAUUCAGCGCUUAGAACUGGAAAAUAGUCGUAUGCAGGAUCGUUUGAACUUAUUACGUGAUCGCGCCCAGAAGUCAAUGUUAAUGGAGGAGCAGAAGAACAAUGCUGAGCAGAAGUACUGCCUGCUGGAAAAGAAUAUGGAAAAAAUACUUGCUGACCAUCAGUCUCUGCAGUCUGCUUGUGCCAAGAAGUUAUUUGACUUCCCCGAAAAAACAUCUCAAGGGCGUUCUACUGAGAUAAUAAAAAGGAUUCAAGAUCUCAAUGGGAAUGUGGAAACAUUACAAGAGCAGCUGCGUGCUUCCCGUUUUGAAAUUGAGAGCUCUAAAAAGGAGAUAGAAGCGCUUAGGAGAGAACGGGAUGCACUUAUCAGAAAAGUGGAUCAAAUAACUGCUAUCAACGAAGAUCUCAAAAACUCCCUGUAUGUAGAAAAGGAAAGGUGCUCGGAUCUCACAAGAACAACAGAAGAAAGGAAUAGUGAACUCCAGACAUGUCAGCAAGAGCUAUCUGCAGUGCGCAAUGAGAUCAAGGUCUUAGAGGAGAAACUUGUUGAGGCUCAGUCGAAAACGGCGCACUUGGAAGUCCAGUUACGGAACGCGAGUCGUGAGCCCACCGACGCUGGAGAUGAAACUCAGAUCAUCCACUUACGCAACAAUCCUUUGCAGUGUGCCGUAGAUGCCUAUAGUGAAGCUGAAAAAGAGCGUCUUCGAAAGCGAAAGGCGGAAACGACUUUCGACGGCGGAGAACCAAGCGAGGCAAAACGCGCAAGGGAAGAACAUAUUAGCGCAUUAGAAGCUCAGUUGAAGAAGAGUGAACGCGAAAAGGAGCAGACUAUCCGGCUUCAAAAAGAUCUUGCCAAGAAAUACAGAGAAAUUACAACAACCCUGACAGGUUACCAGAUCAAGCUGAAGGAUGCCGAUGAAGGAAUUUGCUACGUCAACAGUGUUUACGAUGAAACAGAGAAACAGUUUGUAUUCAAAUUCAAUACCGAAAGCGGGAUUGUCGACCUUCUCGAUGUCAGUCAAGACUCCCUUUCACAAGGUCGUCCUUGGGAAGAAGAAAUGCAGAAGUAUAUCGGGGAGCGGCACUCCAUACCCGGUUUCCUGGCCGCUGUUACUCUUCAGCUUGAAGCGCGUCGAAACAUUGAAGAUGUGGAACGUACACACACAUUCACUGUUAUGCAAGAGCAUUGA